UUUAGGGAUUUAACAUUUCUCUCUCUCUCACCGUUUUCUUCCCUCUUUCUCAUAGUCACCGCCGCUUUUCUUCCCUUCUUCUUCUCCUCCUCCUCAUUCCUCUCUCAACAGUCCUCGCCGCCGCCGCCAUCUUCGCCCUCCUCUUCUCCACUAUGUCAUCAUAGCCUUCAAAGACCAUUCAGAGUCCACUGUCUAUUCCUACUGACUCACGGGUUUUCAAUUUAUGGUUUUGCGAAAACUAACGAUUUCAAAGACUUUGGCUUUACUUUGAAUCAAAAGCAGUUAUGGUGGAUCCAUGGUGGUCUCUAAUAGGUGCAGCAAUACCAGCCGUAAUUGCAGGGCAAGCUAUUAGGAUGAAGAAAAAGAGAGCUGAAGAGCAGAGGUUGAAGAGUGCUAGAGGACGAGAGAAGAGCUCUGAUGAAAUUUUUGUUUGUGAGAGGGUAUGCACUUCAAAGAGGAUGUUAAAAAAAGUCGGUGCAUUAUCUAAAGAUCCGACUAUUGAUACUUGUGUCACUGUCUGUGGUGUUUCCGAACUUGAUGCUUGUACUGAUGCAUGUGCAAGAACUGUUUGUGUUAAUCAGCAUCAAGUGCCUAACUGGAAUGAUGUUUGCCUUCGGAGGUGCCAAAGCGAGUGUCUUAGGCUGUCUGAUUCCUCUGUUAAUUCUUAAGGGGUCUAUGCACCUAUGCUGUCCUUUGUCCUUCAUUUACAAGAAGUUUCAUGUAUUUUACAUUUUUUGAGUGAAUUGAUGGUGCACUUGUUUCUCAAGGUGUUUGUAUAAAAUUUCUUUUCCUUC